AUUGAAUUGAACCAACUGUCUUUCUCUCCAUUCCGUGUAUACUCUUCACUGGAGAUUUGAGUCAGUCAAAAUGGCAGUUGCUAAACUGAUUGACAAGCGCUUCCAUAGUCUCCCGGGGAGACUCCGCAUCGGCGAGCUCUUCUUCGAUGUCCCCUUGGAUUACUCCAGACCAGAUGAUGGAAACACUGUGAGGCUCUUUGCACGCAGCGUCCGCCGUUCGACCAACCCAGCCGAGCCUGCUAAAGAAGAGCAGCAGCUCCCAUGGUUGGUCUAUCUCCAAGGCGGACCGGGAUAUGGAUGUCGCUCUCCUCUUGAAUUUCCCUGGGUUCCAUUUGUGCUGGAUAAGGGCUACCAGGUCCUGCUCCUGGAUCAGCGCGGUACUGGCCUCAGCUCGACCAUCACGGCAGGGACACUAGCGCGACAGGGCAAUGCGAUCAAGCAGGCCGAGUACCUGAAGAAUUUCCGUGCCGAUAAUAUCGUCCGCGACUGUGAAGCUAUCCGCAAAUGCCUGACUGCAGAGUAUCCUGAUGACCUGAAGAAAUGGAGCGUCAUCGGCCAAAGUUUUGGUGGAUUCUGCGCUGUUUCGUAUCUCUCUAAAUUCCCCGAAGGACUGAAGGAGGCCUUCAUCUUCGGUGGGCUUCCCCCACUUGUUAACGGGCCAGACCCUGUCUACUCUCGGACUUACGAGAAGGUCGAGCAGAGAAACAAGGCGUAUUAUGCUAAAUAUCCCGAUGAUGCUGAAAGAGUCAAACGCAUCAUCAAAUAUCUCAAGGAGAACAAAGUCGCUUUGUCCUCUGGAUUCCUAAUUCCGGAACGAUUCCAACAGCUUGGACUUAUGUUUGGCAUGCAUGGUGGCCUUGACGCUGUUCACGAUGUCGUUCUACGAGCCUGGCAUGACCUGGAACUGUUCGGCUUCCUCACCCGUCCUACUCUCACGACGAUCGAGAGCUACGGAGAUUUUGAUAAUGCCAUUCUCUAUGCGAUUUUACAAGAAGCAAUCUAUUGCCAGGGAGAAGCAUCGAACUGGUCAGCCGAUAGGUUCCGCUCAGCUAAUCCUCGAUUCAGUAUCGAUGAGAAAAACGAGAUCCUCUUCACAGGAGAGAUGAUCUACCAGGAUAUGUUCACCUCCUACACAGAACUCAGCGAGCUCAAGGAGGUAGCCGACCUUCUUGCCUCCACCACGGACUGGCCGACCCUUUACGAUGAGAAACAACUCUCCCAGAACCAAGUUCCAGUGUACGCCGCAAUUUAUAUGGAUGAUAUGUACGUUCACUUCGACCUGGCCUCGGCUACAGCAGCCAAGAUCAAGGGUAUUAAGCUGUUCAUUACGAACACAAUGUACCAUAAUGCGCUGAGGGCCAAGUCGGAUGAGGUCAUGAGACAGGCUUUUGCACUGAAGGAGGACUCGAUCGAUUGAUUUCAUAGAUAAAUUAGUUUCGAGCUCUUUUCGCGGACAGGCUAUGCUAUUGUUGACAACAUCGUAUGUACUAACUACUAGUGCCUUACCAUGAUAGUCAUGUAAACUUUUUG